AACGCAUUUAACAACGCAUUCCGAUUUCACAAAAAGAACGAUCAUAUUUGAUUUUGAACGAAUCAAAAUGGAUGCUGGGUGUGAAUGAACUAUGUGCUGAAAAACGAACAGCUUUUUAUUGAAUUGUGUCGUGGGCCCGAUUAUAAUCGGGAAUCCGGCGUCGCGUAUUGUUUUGUAGUUAUUUAGUCAGUGUCCAAGGUGAAGUGCCGUCGUAAACCAAAUCGACUCAUAUAUUUGUUCAAUUCAGUAGUCACCGUGUCGGUAAUGUGUAUAUACGAAAGUUUUGGACGAUCUUGUAAUCCGCAGGUGGCCUUAGGAUGAGGACUUUGACGGAAGUAUUGAAUGUCUAUCUGGAUCUGCGAUUUAUUACCGAGUUGUCGUCCUCUGCGCUCGGUUCGACAUGGCGAGAGUGUUCGGACUAAAGUGCUCGUUUGCUGUAUGAGCGGUCAGAAAUGAAAUGCAUAUACAGGAAGGAACAAUCACAACUCUGACAACAUGUACCAAAAUGACAGAAGAAGUAGACAGAAGACAUGGCGUAAAUGGUAACAGUAGUAGCAAGGGUGUGAAUGAGGAUGCUGCGGCGCAGAAUUCUGCUCUCUCCGCGACUGGUGGGCGGCUCAAGUUCUUCAAAGAUGGCAAGUUCAUCCUGGAGCUGGUGCGCGGCGCGGCGCGGUCGGGCGAGCGCGCGGGCUGGGUGUCGGUGCCGCGCAAGACCUUCUGGCCGCCCGCCGCCGCGCCGCCCACGCCGCCCGCGCGCCCGCCCGCCUCGCUCAGCGCCUCCGACGACAACUCCUCCGUGCACUCCUCGCCCUGGCAGCGCGACCACGCCUGGAAGCAGCCCGCGCCGCGCCGCAACGUCUCCAAAGAGCUAGCCAUGUACUACUGCAGGCCCGCCUCCCUGCCCAACGCCGCCAUCGACGCCGUCGGCCGCCGCAAGCGGAGGCGGCCGCACGACCCCGCCGGCCUCGACGCGCCCGCCGACGCCGCCCGCCGCGCGCUCGCCAACGGCGGCGCCGACGCGAGGAACGGCGACGCCUCGCCGGACACCCGCACCGCGGGCGACGACGCCGUCGACGGCGCGCCGCCCAGGCCCAGGGCGAGCGCCGAGGACGACCGGUGGCCCGACUACGACCGGGAGAAGUAUUAUCACAUGAAGCUGAAGAAGCCGUACCAGUAUCGAAAGUUACGAGUCUACAAGAAGACGCGCCCGCAGAUCCGAAGGAAGGAGCUCGCGCGGACGGUGGACAAGCUCCGCGAGCGGAUCGCGGCGCUGCCGGCGCCCGUCAACGCGAAGCUGGCCAGCUGCCGCCAGGAGCACGCGAUGGUGUCGCCGCGCAAGCGCAUCCUGCGCGAGCUGGAGCGCGUGACGCUGGAGGACCAGGGCACCAAGCGGCGCGCCAAGACCGUGCCGGCGCUCAGCACGGCGUCGUACCCGCCGUCGCCGGGGCCCUCGCACGCGCCGCAGCGCGCGCCCGAGCCGCGCCGGGACGCGCCGCCCGCCGGCAAGCACGUCGGCAGCUACAGCAUCCAGUCGCUGCUCAGCAUGCCCGACGACGGCCCGCGCCGCUCGCCGCACUCGCAGCCGCCGUCGCUGAAGACGGAGUCGCCGAGCAGCGUGCGCUCGCCGGACCUGAGCCCGAGCCCGGACGGCUACCGCCACCGGUACUCGGCGCUGAUGGCGUCGCCGGGCGCGGGGCCGGCGCGCGAGUCGCCGCCGCCGGAGCUGGCGCGCUACCGGGGCUACGGCGCGCCGGCGUCGCCGUUCGGCGCGCGGCAGUGGGGCGGGUACCGCGCGCGCGAGGAGUGGCGCGAGGCGUGCUACUACCCGUACGGCUACGCGCCGCUGUACCGCGCGCCGUGGGUGCACUACGGCGUGCCGGCCGCGCCGCCCGGGCCCUGGGUGCCGCUGGCUCAUCCGCUCUUCACCGACCACAUACCCAAGGAUGAGCCCACUUCAGAUUUGCCACUGAACUUGUCGAAGCACUGAGGCGGCAACGUGAGACUGAACACACACACACUAGCGGGCGCACUGAACUUUACAUUUCCUCUCGGUAAGUGUACUGUGAAUGCCGAUUAAUCAAAGAUUAUUAAGGUAGUUUAAACACUGCAAUAUGUUACAUAUUUACAUUUUGUACUAUGUACCAAGUUCGAACAGAAAACUUGUGGUAUUGUUAUUGUUGAACGGUGUCCUAUUAACAUUCCAUUGUUACAAUGAACGAUUGGCGCGGUUUAAAGUCCAAAAACUACAUCCCACCUAACCCGAUGUUCAUAAUCGUGAAGCGAUUAUUUUAUAUAUUCUUUAUUAUGCAAAUAUCUUUUUGCAAGCUCGCAAAAAAUAUUUUUGUAUAGAUCGCGGUUUCUGACAGUCAUUUGUCUGGAAAUCUAUUUACAAACUAAUGUAUAUUACACUGAAAUAUUAUAUUUUAGUAUAGAUGUUUGUAUGCAGAGCCAUGUGUGUAUUUUCAUACUAAAUUUGUACUGCGAGUUAAAUAUUUUAAUAUUGGCUAUUAAUUUAGGAUAAGAUUCUAGGACAAACUAAACAAAAACAGUUAUCAAUUGUUAGCAAUCAGUGCCUUGAAACAAACAAAGAUAUUAUGAACAUAUUUAUAAUGAAUGUAUUAAAAAGUAUUACACAGAAAAGUUCAGGCUUCGUCCAAAUUUACUAAAAUGUAUGAUGAUAAUGUACUACUAGUUUUAUACAAUUUAUGAUAUACAAUAAAAGCUUGAAGACAAACUCCUAUUCCUUACUCAAUUGCAAAAUUCCAUAAUGUUUAUGUUCGAUCUCAUUAUUUAAUUUAGAAAAUAAAACGAGGUAAAGACUACAGUUUUGGGAUCAAAUUUGGAUGUGUGUUUAUGUAACAUGUACAUAUUAAAUAAGACAUUGUACAUAUUUUGUGAAUGGUGUAUUAUUGACGGAAGCUCGGGCGUAGGUUUAAUGAGAGCGUUAAUUAACUGCGUACGAUUUAUAUUGGUAAGAGUUUAUUACCUUCAGAUAAUUAUUGUAAUUGUACAGUAUUUUUGUAAUGAGUAUUUUAUGAAUUAUGAUGAGGAAGGGCGUUUCGUAAUAGUAGUCGCAGUAGCGGAGUCGCGGCGCCCUCGCGCGUUGCAGGCUUGAGAUUAACAUAGUGGUAGUUUACUGCAAUUAAGUUGAAGUAUGGGGUAUGUAUUAUAAGGACAGUUAAACGAUGGUAAGGGACUGACUUCUGAUGUAAUAUUAUCAUUAAUGGAAUUGUAUAAAAUAGUCGUGUACUACUCUUCUACAUGUCCGCCAACAAAGUUGAAUUAGUGUAAAUUUAGCUAUAAUAGGUCCUGCUCAAUUUAAUUCUGAGUACACUUAAGAAACAACUUUAUAUCAAUGUUGUCUUAGAGUAUUGAGAGGCAACCUCGUGGUUUUCGUCUUGGGUUAUUUUAUACUCUGAUAUAUUUAAACUGAUUCGAUGACUCUGAUAUUAUACUAAAGGGUAGACUUCAAGAGUGAUUUUUGAUGUUACAAGUGCGCCUUUGUCAAAUUAAAUGCAGUAAACCAUGUCAUAUUACAACAGAUAUUUUUAUUAUGUUUCUGCUGACUGCUGGGUAGAUAUCAUCGACAGAAAUGAGUGGUUACGAUUUUUCUUAACGACAUUUUUUCCCUUCUGAUACCGUAGUUUAUGCUACAGACUGUACUGGUUACAAUGUCGCACAAAUGUGCCUACGUCAUUGAUGUCAUUAAUAAUGCGUUCAUCAAUGAAAAUAGGUUUGUUGUCGUCAUGACAUGAUACAAUUUUUAUAAAGAUUACGUCACUGGUGACUUAUUGUAUUGCAUGUCCAGAAAAUAACCAUUUAUUGAAUGAAAUAAUUAUAAUCAGGUGAUCUACUCAACAUUGAUGAUAUGUAUUCAGCUAAAGCAAACAAAGCAUGAAAUUAUGUAACAUUCGAGAGCCACGCUGAAUAUUUAUUUUGUAGUAUGUUAAGUUCAUUUAAAUGAUUUUUAAGUAAUAUAAUACGUGUAAUCCUUUAUAAAUGUAUAACUAAGAAUCAUUACUUAUUUGAAUUUAUUUAAAGUCUUGAGAUAAGUAGAAGGCUAUAAUCUUCAUCGCACAGUGCCUGUUAAGUAGUAUUAGUGACGUUGAAGAGUGAUAUGUAUUUUAUUUUCGUAAUGUAAAAACAAAUUAUACUAAAUUUUAUAUAAAAACUAUAAAUAUUCGUGGACGCAGCUCUCGUUUAACAGGAACAUUAAAGUACAUUACUGUGCCAUUAGAAUUAGAAAUCUUAUAAUUACCUAACAACUUUCAUGUCAGCAAUAUGAGUGUGUACGUAUUACUGAUUAAAUAACUAAGUGAAUUUAUGUACAGUAAUAAUCCGUCUACUUAUGACUCGGCUCAUAUUCAUCCAUUCAUAAUAACGUAAUUAUAUUUUUUCUUUUGUCUAACUUUUCUUUGAAAUGAUUGGACUCACUACUGUAACAUACGAGUGAAAAACACAACGUGUAAGAGAGACGUUAAUUAUAGCCUGUUUAAACAAUAAUGCCUGUUUUUAUCGUUAUCGUGACGAUUUACUAAUCUGUCAUUAUGCAUUGAUAAAAUAUUUGGCUUCAAGUUUGUUCUAAACGAUUUAAAACAAGUUUUUUUGCUUUAGUAUGAUAAGCUUUGUCUUCCACGUCGUUAAGACGGAUUUUGCUGUACUUAAAUUCGGCAAAAUAUUUGCUGCGUCUGAAGUUGUAUAUGGAAUGCUUGCUUAUUGUUAUACAACAUAGAGUAAGUGUAAAUGAAAAUGAGGUUCCUCUCGAGCACAACGUUGUUUUACUGUUGUUAUGAUAAUAUUUUUCUAUGCAAUCAAAUACCACAAUCUUCGAAGCAUGUGAUAACGCUUUUACGAAAAGUGACACGAGUAUGCAAGUGUUGAAAUCCACUUAUAUUUAUCAUGCGGAAAAUAGUUAUUAAUAUUAUCCAUUUAUAUUAAGAAUUGUAGUUAUGUACUCGAAUAAAUAUAACUUUUUAAAA